CAAGUCGGUUCGGCCUUGCAAGUAACACCAAACUCGCCAUGCGCAUCGUUAUGCUUGGACUCACCAGAGCUCGAUGUUUCGGACCCCAAUUCGUCAAACACAAGGAAUUCCGACAUUACUUGUCUCGACAGCGACUACUCACGGGCCCCAGGAAACAAAUUCAAGGAAUGCAUGACAUGUCUACAAAGAAGCGACUUCUCACAAGGGAGUGAGAGUGAUACUAUGUGGUUCUUAUACAACUUGAGAUACACUGCUGCGAACUGCCUCUUCAACUACCCCAAUGCGACCGGUCUCGGUUCAACCCCAUGCCAAAACGAGUUUGCUUGCGGCCCCCUAAAGGAUUCCAUAGAACAUGGCAUCCCGAGCCAGGGCAAGACAACGGCAUACUCUUAUUGUUCGGCAGCGAACAAUGCCGGCAUGAGUAAAGAAAUCUAUGACAAGUGUACACCCUGCCUCGCCGCUAGCAGCAAUACCAGGUACCUAGCCAAUUUUUUCGUGGCUCUAGAAGCUGGCUGCCUGCAACAGCCCGCACAGGGUGUGCUACUCGGCUUGAAUGAGACUGUCUUUUCCAAUCACCUAGUCCGCAUUGUCGAUCCUGCGACCCUAAAUGAGGAAACCAGCUCUGCCCCUGUAUUGUCAACACCGUCAAUCGUUGGUGUUGUCGCCGGAGGUAUUGUGUUCAUCCUUAUUAUCGCCGCCACAACCUUCAUCUGUUUGCGCAAGCGCAAGAACAGGCGCACGCGCGCCAGCAUUCAGGCCGACUUUUACAACCGUUUCGGCCAUCGCCCGCCAUCUUCUACUUCUUUUCAAUGCAAAACACACAUGCUUUCUCCCCGCCUCUGGCCAGGCGCUGAGCACGGCGUGUCGUCGCCUGCGGACGGGCAGGGUGAUGCUUAUGGCCUGCGGUCUCCGUCCUGGAAGGCCAAAGAAUCCGAGUCUCCGUAUCAGGACAACUCCACACACAUCUCGAAAAAGGCUGCCAAUGCCGGAGCGCCCCUGCACCAUUUGACAACAUGCAUCCCGCCGCCACCCCAAGCCCACACCUCACCUUCUACAGCAGGGGUAUCAACUCCAUCGGACUCCAACCCCCUCUCCGCCGAUUCGGUGCGCAGCACAGCAGCCCUGCUCCCGACCAUCAAGGCGUACGUUCCUGCCGAGCACGGCAUGCACGCCUACGGCGAGAGCCCGGUCCCGGCGUCAGCCAGCACCUUCAGCAGUCCGACGUCUGGGACUGGAGGGACGCCCCUGCUCAGGGGAGGCACGUGGUCGGAGCAGACACCCAAAUACCACAGGCCUUUGAAGCAUGGCCCCGCGAUGGGCGACGAAGUCCCCCCGCCUCCGCCUCCGCCGCCCGCGAAUGAAACUGGCUGGCGUGGAAGUCGUACCGUAUCUAAAGGAAACGCCAAGAAUGCAGUGCCUGGGAGUCCCGUCGAAACGUGGGAGAUACAAACCACGUUUGCGGCGCCACCCAAA